GGUUUAUGGUCAGCACCUGAUUCUUGUGCUUAGACCCUCUCUGAGCUGGAACAAGGAGCUUCACCCUCAGGAGAGUCUGACUUCUGGCCACCAUGCCAGGGGUUGUGGUGGGUUUCUUUCACGUCGACUCCUCUUAGUUAGGACUACAUUUUCCAGAGUUUUCUUUUCUGCAUGGUGGGGACCCCAUGUGACAUUUUGUGUGAAAUGAUUCAGAAAUGAAUCAGCAGCUAUAUUGUCUUCAGUGCUUGGAAGGUCCCUUGCAUCACUGAAGAUGGCGGCUGGGAGGCUGUGAGAGUCUGACAUGGCUCCAUCCAUCUUUGUGCUUUCCUGCUCAGCCUGAAAAGUCUAGCUUGUCCCGUUUUCUCCCACUUCGCAUCCACCUUUGCUUUUGCCGACCAGCCCUGCUGACUCAGUCCCCAGUACCAGAUGUGGAAACAACAGCCCUGUAUAAACUGUUUAACCGGCGCUCAUGAUUACAAAUGUUCAGAUCCCUUUAAAAAAGCCAUAAUUGCUUAUAUUUCUCCUGGUGGUUCUCUGAUUAAACCCUGACUGAUACAGGUAUGGAAAGAAACAAUAUUAGCAGGCAAAUUUGAAGCCUGUCUACAUACUGCUUUCUUAUGACUCCCAGUUUCUUGAAUUUACCACAGCCACCAUAUAGCACCAGUGUCAUAACAGAUUAAAAAAAUAAAACCUGUCAACUAUUACCUUGUUUAGUAACUUGAUUAGGAAAUCAGCAUUUCUUGAGCCCCUAUCGCUUCCCAGGUGCCGUGUAUGAGGUGCUGAGUCUCAAAGAGGUGUGAAAGCUGCGCCUGGGACUGGCAGGGGGGCGGAACAGUGGGGCUGAGGGUUUUGGAGGCUGCACGAGACCGGAUAUGCUCUGUCAGCCCCAUUCUUUGUCUCUCGGUUUCCCGGAAGUCCCAGGAAAAGUCCAGGCCUGAGACUGCAGCUGCUGAAGCCAGGGUGUUGGUCAGGCCCCGGCUCUACAAAAUCAGAGUCGUUGGAAGUGAGAGUGUGGAUGAAGAACGUCUCUGUCAUUUGCCCAGAUUCAAGUAGCUAGCAAACAGCCUGCUCUUUCCCUACACCAGUGGCUCCCUCGCUGCAGUCCCCAGAGCAGCAGCAUCGCCUGGGAACUCGUCAGAAAUGUGUACACCAUAUUGAUUAGACAAGUCUAUAUAUUAUUCAGUGAUCAUCAUGGUCUUAAGUCAAAUUCCUGCAUACUUGGUCCAAAUCCCUCCACCAACCCCACCCUGCACCGACUCCACAGCAGCUUUGCAGAAACAAGCUUAAAUCUUAGGAACUCAACUUCCUGCAGAACAAAGUGAGAAACAGAAGAGAGUAUUAAAUACCGGAAAAGCUGGUGUGUCUUUGUACCCUUGAGGCUUCCUGUGCUCUAGGGAAUUCCCAAGGCUCAAACAGCUUCUUAAGGGAUGAAGACAAGAAGGAGGAAUUAAAAGAACAAGUUGCAAAGGUUUUGCCAGGUAUAUAUCUAGAAUGGAGAUUCGGAAGAUGUUUUGGGAGUUCAUCUUUCUUGCAGCUAGUUUUGGCUUCGUCAAAUCACAGAGAAUGGUCUGCAGGGACGCCUCUGUGGGAGAUGUCGUGUUCCUGGUGGACACCAUCAUCAACCCCCAACAUGCCCGUGACGUGCGGAACUUCUUGUACAUCAUGGUGAAUGGCUUCAAUGUCAGCAGAGAGACCAUCCGCGUGGGCCUGGCUCAGUACGGCGACGUACCUCGUUCUGGAUUCCUCCUUUCCACCUACAACCGCAAAAGCGAUGUGCUGAAACACAUUCAAAGGUUUCAAUUUAAGUCUGGGGGCCGCAAGAUGGGCCUGGCCCUGCAGUUCCUCCUAGAUCACCACUUCCAGGAAACGGCAGGGAGUCGGGCCAGCCAGGGUGUGCCUCAGGUGGCCGUGGUGAUCAGCAGCAGCCCAUCUGAGGACCACGUGCCGGAAGCUGCGGAGGCAUUGAAGAAGGCAGGCGUCCUGCUUUAUACCGUCGGUGUCAAAGAUGCAGUCUUGGCGGAGCUCAGGGAGAUUGCGAGCAGUCCGGUGGAGAAGUUUGCCUCCUUUGUCCCUAACUUCUCUGAUCUGAGCAGUCAUGCUCAGAAGCUGCGGCAACGGCUCUGUGAUACUUUGGCAAAGGCAGCUCAACCUGCCGGCUACGUCUUGCCAGAAUUCACCGAGGCUUAUGCAGAUGUGGUCUUUCUUGCCGACACCUCACAGAACACAUCACAGGCGAGUUUCCAGUGGAUGCGGAAUUUCAUGUCCAGAGUGGUUGGCCUGCUGGAUGUUGGCAGGGACAAGUACCAGAUUGGACUGGCUCAGUAUGGCGGUCAAGGUCACACUGAAUUUUUGCUCAAUACCUAUCAGACCCAGGAUGAGAUGAUUGCGCACAUCCACGGACACUUUUUGCUCCGGGGUGGCUCCAGGAGGACAGGCAAAGCUCUGCGAUACCUUCAUCGGACCUUCUUCCAGGAGGCAGCAGGAAGCCGGUUUCUCCAGGGUGUUCCCCAAUAUGCAGUGGUUAUGACCUCAGGCAAAUCUGAAGAUGAGGUCUGGGAGACUGCACAGACUUUGAGGGAGAAAGGCGUGAAAGUCAUGUCUGUGGGUGUACAGGACUUUGUCCAGAGAGAACUGGAGAGGAUGGCAACCCCACCCCUUGUAUUUGAGAUGCAAGGACAAGAUGGAGUCAGACAGAUUAUGCAGGAUGUGAGUGUGGUGAUCCAAGGGACCGGGAAGACUGAGUUUGGGAUUGAGUCCAAGAAGGAGGCUGUAGUAGUAUGUUCCACUGCUGUCCCAGCUGAUUUAGUCUUCCUCAUUGAGGAAUUCAGCAAGGACAGGCAGUCGAAUUUCCAACAAGUUGUCAACUUCUUAAAGACCACUGUACGCUCUCUACGCAUUCAUCCUGAUGUUGUGAGAAUUGGCUUGGUAUUUUACAGUGAGGAGCCACGACUUGAGUUUUCCCUGGAUGCAUUUCAGAACCAAGCCAAAAUCUUGGAGCAUUUGGACAAAUUAACCUACCGGAGAAGAAGUGGAGGGACCAAAACUGGUGCUGCUUUGAAUUUCCUAAGGAAUGAGGUUUUCAUUGAGGAGAAGGGUAGCCGGUCGAAGCAGGGUGUGCAGCAGAUGGCUGUGGUCAUCACAGAAGGCUUCUCCCAAGACCAUGUGUCUGUUCCAGCUUCUCUCCUCCGCAGGGCAGGGGUUACCAUCUAUGUGGUGGGCACCCAGCUUGCCUCAAACAGAAAGGACCUGGAGAUGAUGGCAUCAUAUCCUCCUUGGAAGCAUGUUAUCUUGCUGGAAUCUUUUCUUCAACUCUCUGUUGUGGGGAGCAAGAUUAAGAAUCAGCUCUGCCCUGAGAUUGUGGACAACAGUGUUUCCAUUUCUGGGAUUGGCCGUGCCCUGAAAGAAGACUGUGUGCACAUCGAGAAGGCUGACAUCUACUUCCUUGUCGAUGGGUCUAGCAACAUCAAGCACAAUGAUUUUCUUGAAAUGAAGGUGUUCAUGAAUGAGGUGAUAAAGAUGUUCCGUAUUGGGCCUGACAGAGUACGGUUUGGAGUCGUUCAAUACUCAGAUAGAAUUAAUAGUCAAUUUAUCCUCAGCCAGUAUUCCAGUGUGGCAGAGCUGAAGGUAGCCAUUGAUGGCAUCCAACAGAGGGGAGGUGGCACCAUGACCGGUCUGGCCUUGGGCAGCAUGGCUCAGGUCUUUGUGAACACUGCUCGCAGCAAUGUGCCUUGGUAUCUCAUAGUCAUCACUGGUGGUAAAUCUGAGGACCCGGUGGCUGAACCUGCAGACGCAUUGAGGGCAGAGGGAGUCAUCAUUUAUGCUAUUGGAAUCAAAAACGCUAAUGAUAAUGAACUCAAGGAGAUAGCUAAAGACAAGAUGUUUUUUGCAGCUGAGUUUGAUUCCUUGAAGGCCAUUCAACAAGACGUGGUACAGGACAUCUGCUCCUCAGAGUCCUGUAAGAAUAGGCAAGCUGAUAUUAUCUUCCUGAUAGAUGGUUCAGAAUCCAUCUCUGCAAUAAACUUUGAAAAGAUGAAAGGAUUCAUGAAGAGGAUGGUGAACCAUGCUAAUAUUGGUGCUGAUGAAAUUCAGAUUGGCCUUUUGCAGUUCAGCUCAACCCCCCAGGAAGAAUUCAGGCUCAACCAGUACUCCUCAAAGGUGGACAUCCACAGAGCCAUCUCAGAUGUUCAGCAAAUGAAUCAUGGCACCUACACUGGGAAAGCCCUGACUUUCACUCUGCCUUUUUUUGACAGUCCAAGAGGAGGGAGACCCAGUGUUCAUCAGUAUUUGAUUGUGAUCACCGAUGGGGUUGCCCAGGAUAAUGUAGCCAUACCAGCCAAGGCUCUCAGGGACAGGAACAUCAUUAUUUUUGCCAUUGGGGUGGGAGCAGCCAAAAGUGCUCAGCUUUUGGAGAUUACUAAUGACCCACAAAAAGUAUACUAUGAGGAGAAUUUUGAGUCCCUGCAGAACCUGGAGAAGAAAAUUCUUCUUAAGGUCUGCAUUCCACAAGGAUGCAACAUAGAUUUGUCCGUAGGAAUUGAUAUUUCCAGUCCCAUUAGGCAAGAUCAGCAGAAGCUUCAAGGGUUACUGCCAGAGCUGAUGCAACAGAUGGCCCAGCUUUCCAGCAUCAGCUGUAGGGCUCCUGGUCGCCCCAACGUGAUGUUCCGCUACUUGGUCCCUGCCUCAAAUAGCCAGCUUAUUUUUGACUCCGGCUUUAAAAAUUAUAGUGAUAAGAUUAUUCAGACGUUCUUAAUUCAUCAGGCUGCCAAGAGGAACUAUAUGGAUGUGGAUUUUUUGCAGUCCUUGGGAGAUAAUGCUAUCCAGCUCUCUUUUGCUACAGUGAAGGUCCUUUUAGUGUUUACAGAUGGACUGGAUGAUGAUCUCCAGAGACUGAAGGAAACCUCUGAGCUCCUCCGCAACAAAGGAUUCUCUGGGCUCCUCAUUAUUGGCCUGGAAGGUGUGCAUAAAUUAGAAGAACUCCAGGAGCUAGAAUUUGGCAGAGGAUUCUCAUACAAUCAACCUCUGAGCAUCACACAGCAAUCCCUCCCAAGCAUCUUACUGAAGCAACUUGACACAAUUGCAGAAAGAAGAUGCUGCAAUACAUAUACAAAGUGUUUUGGAGAAGAUGGGCACCGGGGUGUUGGUGGGAACCCUGGGAACAAGGGAAAGAAGGGUGCUGACGGGUUGCCCGGUCAUCCUGGUGAGGAAGGGGGACAUGGAGAAAGAGGCCCCCAAGGUCUUCCUGGACCCCAAGGUGAGGAAGGAUGCCCGGGUAUGAGAGGACCUAAGGGAGCAAGAGGAUUUUCAGGAGAGAAGGGAGAUCCUGGUGACCAAGGCGCUGAUGGCUUGGAUGGGGAACAGGGUAAUCGUGGAGCCCCGGGGUCAUCUGGAGAAAAAGGAAAUAGAGGAAAUCGGGGCUUGACGGGACCACCUGGACCACCUGGAAAGCGUGGAGAGCCUGGGUUAAGGGGAGAUCCUGGGGAUCCUGGAGCAGAUAGUUUCAUCCAAGGCCCUAAGGGAGAAAAAGGAAGGCGUGGACAUCAGGGAAGGUCUAGUUUUGACGGACCUCAAGGGGAACCUGGAAAUGUUGGCCCUCAGGGGUCAAGAGGAAGACGCGGUGUGCCAGGGCUGGAGGGUAUGCGUGGAGAAUCCGGUGAACGGGGUUACCCGGGAGAGCUUGGAUACUCAGGCCCACAGGGACCAAGAGGAAGGCAAGGACAACCAGGAAAUUCUGGACCAAAAGGCUCAAUGGGUGCUAAGGGGAUUCCUGGGCCUCCAGGGACAGUUGGUUCAAAAGGGAAAGCGGGACCAACAGGAAUGAAGGGAGAUCUUGGUGACACAGGAGCCACAGGCCCACGGGGUCGACAAGGACUCAGAGGGCAACCUGGUCUUACUGGUCCAGAUGGAUAUGGACAUCCGGGAAGAAAAGGAAAAAAGGGUGAACCUGGAUUUCCUGGCUCUCCUGGUGCACAAGGAGAAGAUGGUGACCCGGGCCACCGAGGAGAGAAGGGGGCGAAGGGAGUCAGAGGGAGGAGGGGUAAUGCUGGCUUUCCUGGAUUUAUUGGAACUCCAGGUGACCAAGGCCCUCCAGGACCAGUGGGCAUCAAGGGCGCCAAAGGUUUGGUAGAUGUGAUGCAAUCUUGUGAAAUCAUUGACUUAAUACAAGAAAACUGCCCUUGCUCAACAGGUGUUUCCAAAUGCCCCGUGUUCCCUAGCGAAGUGGUCUUUGCCUUGGACAUGUCAAAUGACGUCUCCCACUUGGAUUUUGAGAGAAUGAGAAGCAUUCUAUUAUCCCUACUGAUGAAGAUGGAUAUAAGUGAAAGUAACUGCCCAACAGGUGCCCGAGUGGCUGUCGUUUCAUACAACUCCAAAACAGACUACCUGACUCGCUUCUCAGACUACAAGGGGAAGCCUGCACUCCUGCAGGCGGUCAGGAGAAUCCCCUUGCAAGGGUCAACUGGCAGCAGGAGCCUUGGGGAAGCCAUGAGGUUUGUGGCAAGACACGUAUUCAAACGUGUGCGCUCUGGCCUUCUCAUGAGGAAGGUGGCUGUGUUCUUCCAGGCGGGCUGGGCCCAUGAUACAGAUACCAUCAACACUGCCAUUUUGGAAUUCAAUGCGCUGGAUAUCACCCCUGCGGUCAUCACCUUCACAAGAGAGCACAACCUCCCAGAUGCCCUGUUGGUGGAUGGAUCCAACAGAUUUCACGUGUUCGUGUGGGAGACCGAGAGUCCACAGGAUGUGGAGCACAUGGCCCGCUGCACUCUGUGUUAUGACAAGUGCAGACCAGCCCCAGAGUGCACGGCGAGCGUGCCGGGACCCCUGGCAGUAGACAUGGACGUGGCAUUCGUGGUGGACAGCUCCUAUGGCGUUGGGGCUGACGUGUACCGUGCCGCCCUGAGUCUAGUGGACGCCAUGCUCGGCGAUCUGGAGGUGGCCGCACAGCCGAGCACGUCCCCCCAUGGGUCGCGCGUGGCCCUGGUGAUGCACACAACUCCAGGCUUCUGGCCAGGUGCGGGACAACCCCCUGUGCUGGAGGGCUUCCACCUCACCUCCUACGGCCACCGGUUGCAGAUGCAGAGGCACCUCCGCGAGGCCGCCGGUGGCCCUCUACGGGGAGCUCCCGCCCUGGGCCACGCCCUGGAAUGGACUCUGGAGAAGGUGCUCCUGGCAGCCCCUCUGCCCAGGCGGGUGCAGGUCCUCUUCCCCAUUGUGGCCAGCGAGACCAGCGCCUGGGACCGGGAGAAGCUAAGGACUCUGUCCCUGGAGGCCAAGUGCAAGGGCAUCGCUGUGUUUGUGCUGGCCUUGGGCCCCGGUGUAGGGGCCCAUGAGCUGGCGGAGCUGACUGACGUGGCCAGCCUCCCCUCUGAGCAGCACCUGCUGCGCCUGGAGGGCGUCUCAGGCCCAGAAGUAGCCUAUGCCCAGGGGUUCACCCGGGCCUUCCUGAACCUCCUAAAAAGUGGAGCAAACCAGUACCCAUCUCCAGAGCUCAUUAGAAAAUGCGGGGGCCCGAACCGAGGGGACACUCUGCUGCAGUCAUUUAGGUCUCCCAGGAGGCCCUUGUUCCCUCGAUCCGGUGGGAGGCGAGUGCCAGAAUUACACCCUGAGAUGGUACUAUGACAAGGAGAAGCAGGCCUGCCAACAGUUCUGGUAUGGCAGCUGCGGGGGCAACGCGAACCGGUUCCAAACCAAGGAAGAGUGCGAGGCCCGGUGUGUCCCAACACCCCUGUAGGGCCUUGCAGCUGCUUCUGUUUUCAGAGCUGACGAAAAUGAGAUUACCUUUCCCGAGACAGUACCACACGGCUCAUAAAUUAUGUAGCUCACUCUACAAUCUCAUUGGUCGGGUUCCUCACCCCUGAAUUUUUUCCGACGAGCGAGGACGUGGGCCAGAUGAUUUGUCACUUGAGAAGGACUGCAUUCUAGUGGUUAAAAGACUAACCGAAAGGUUCCUGCAAGCAUGUCAAGGACUUAGAACUGAAUGAAAAAGAAACUUGAAUUUUACCUACAACAUUACUUAAAAAACAAUUUUUUUUUUUUGGCUCCGUGGCAAAAGAAAACUCAAUGGGAGCAGUGAAUAAAACCUAAUUUGGAAGUGAGUUGCAACUUGAACUCUUGUUUGUCACUAAGAGAACAUGGAAGUGUUAGUCAAAGUGGGGGUCUGGAAAUUUUUAAUGUGGUAUUUAAUCCAUGCUACUCAGUGUAAAAAUAAAGGUAUUUUGACUAAGUCA